AUGGAGACCGUAUGGGUGAUUAUAGCUAUUGCAGCCCCACACAAAUGGAAGGUAUUUCAAAUGGAUGUAAAGUCCACCUUCUUUAAUGGAGUGCUAAAAGAAGAUGUUUAUGGGGAGAAGCCACCUGGUUAUGAAGUUUUGGGUCAUGAAGGCAAGGUAUAUAGGCUGAAGAAGGUUUGUUAUGGAUUGAAGCAAGCUCCACGGGCAUGGCACAACAAGACUGACUCAUAUUUGAUGAGCAAUGGCUUUGGCAAAAGUGAUGGUGAGCCCAUUCUUUACAUCAAGCUAGCUAAUGGUAAGCUUAUCAUUGUUGUCUUAUUUAUGGAGACUCCAAAGGACACCCAUUGGCAAGCAGGUAAGAGAAUCUUGAGGUAUGUGAAUGGCACCAAGGGAUAUGGCAUUUUGUAUAACGCUGUAACUGAUUUUAGGCUGAUUGGUUAUACAUAUAGUGAUUGGGCACGAAGAUUGGAUGAUAGGAAGAGCACAUCGGGCUAUGUGUUUCAUAUGGGUUCGAGUGUAAUCUCAUGGGCUUCUAAGAAGAAACCCAUUAUUGCAAUAUCAACAGUCAAGGCUGAGUCUAAGCAGCAACUAGCAGACAUUUUUACCAAACCAUUGGGCAGAGGCACUUUUGAGCGCCUAAGGAGAAAUCUGGGCAUAGUCGAUUUGAAUUUUGUUUGA